AUGUCGUCAUCAAAGGAGGCGCAGGCGCUGACCCGCUCAGAGUUCUGGGAUGACCGGUAUGCGAAGGCUGAUGGGGAUAAGCCGACGCAUGAGUGGUUUCGCGCUUUUGAUGCGCUGGAGCCUUUUUUUGAGAAGCAUCUUUUCAGCGUAAGGGGAGCUGAGGGGAAAGGCCAGAGGGUGCUGCAUUUGGGGAGUGGGGAUAGUACCGUUCCAUACGACCUUCUAGAGCGGGGCUACACAAACCAACUCUGCAUAGACUUUUCUACAGUAGUAGUCGAUUGCAUGAAGUCACAACACACUGACAAGCCGCAAGUAGAAUGGAAAGUUGGUGACGUGCGGGACAUGACUGGAAUUGAUACCAAAUCUGUGGAUAUUGCUUUCGACAAGGGUACGCUGGAUGCUAUGAUAUACGGCAGUCCGUGGAGUCCGCCUGAGGAAGUCUUAGAGAAUAGUGGGAGGUAUAUUAAUGAGGUUUUGAGGGUCCUGAAAGACGACGGUGUGUUUCUUUAUAUCACAUACCGGCAACCGCAUUUUAUCAAGCCGAUUUUGAAUCGGGCAAAUGAGUGGGAUCUGGGUAUGGAAGUCAUGGGUGAUGGGGAUAGUUUCGAGUACUUUGGCUUCGUUCUCAAGAAACACAUCUCAGCUGCAAACUAG